UCUUGCGUUAGCAUUAGGUACCCAAGCCGAUUCCGCAAUGAAGGUGUUCGUAGUUCUGUCCUGCCUGGCGGCGUUGGCUGUGGCCUAUGAGCCCAUCGAGCUCGACUACCACCUGAAUGUGGGCAUCCCGAGGGCCGAAGUCAUCAAGCAAGCGGAGCUGGCUGCAGAUUUCGACGGCUCCAGGAUUGUCGGCGGGUCUGCGGCUUCUCUCGGCGCCUACCCGUACAUGGGUGGGCUGGUGAUCUUGCUCACAGACGGCCGCACCUCGGUGUGCGGCUCCUCGCUGAUUUCCAACACUCGGCUAGUGACGGCGGCGCACUGCUGGCGCGACCGAACCACACAGGCGCGCGAGUUCACCGUCGUGCUCGGCUCCAUUCGUCUCUUCUCCGGUGGCACCCGCAUUGUUACCAACCGCGUCCAGGUUCACGGCAGCUACAGCACGAGUAACUACAACAACGACAUCGCUGUUAUUACCAUCAAUUCCGUCGCCUACACAAACAACAUCCGCAACAUUGGCCUUGCUUCCGGUAGCAACGACUUCGCGGGCUCCUGGGCCGACGCAGCUGGUUUCGGCUUGACCGCAGACGGUGGUAGCAUCAGCAACAACCAGUUCCUGUCGCACGCGCGUGUGCAGGUCAUCACCAACAACGUGUGCAGACUGACGUUCGGCAUCAGCACCGUCAUCUCGUCCACCCUCUGCAUCAGCGGUGCUAACCGCAUCAGCACCUGCAGCGGCGACUCCGGCGGCCCUCUUGCCAUCGGCAACACUCUCAUCGGUGUAACAUCAUUCGGGUCGAGCCGCGGCUGCCAGCACAACUUGCCCGCCGGCUUCGCCAGGGUCACCUCCUUCAACGCUUGGAUCAGAUCUCUGAUGUAAUCUGAUUACAUCCGACUAAACAAGACUGCUGUUCUAUUCCGAUUCAAAUAAACGACAUUCUACUCUAAA